AUGUCCAAUAUCAACAAAAAUAGAGACAGGUACAUUAAGAGAAGGAAUCUGAAGUCAGAUUAUGCAAAUUUUACAAAUGAGGAUGGCAAUCUCGAGGAGGUGCAAUUGGCGGCAAAUAGCACCAGACCCAUUUCCCGACUGUUGCGUGGGGACAAUGGAACAAGCGAAACAACAGACUUAGAAGCCCCUUCUCAAUUUCAGGAGGAUAACCUGGAUACACAUCAGAAUGUUGCCUUCUUUGGAGACCAUGAUUUCCAUGCUGGUGGCGAACAAUAUGACGAGUCAGAUGAAGGAGGCGAGGGCGGCUACCAUGAAAGAGAUCUGUACAUCAGUGAGGAUGUGCAUGACGAUGAAGAUGACGAUGGGGAUGAUGGGGAUGAUGGAGAAGAUGAUGAAGUAGAUGGUGAAGACGAUGAGCUCAUUUCCGGCUAUUGGUCCGAAGAACUGGAGGAUCGAGACGAGAGUCACAGAAGUGCUCAUCCCUCCCGGGGAUCGACAUUGCUUAGGAAUCUUAUGCAGCAAGAGCGUCUUGAGCUAUCUGACUCGAACUUGUUAGAUGUAAUGCAGCGCAUUGUUGGAGGCAUGAGCGGAGAUACGUCUUUUGCGAGACCCAACUCUGAAUACGAUCACUUAAUCGAUAAUUUGAACCAAAGGGAAGAUUCCUAUUUGGUUCUUGAAACCCUCAAUGAACUUCUGGAAAGAUUGCUUAUGAUGAAUGGGUUUACUGCGGAAAGAGUUGUCCCUGCUGGUAAAUUAGCCAAGUCACUAAUACUGAUUUUGAACGAUCCUCGUUUAAUCGAUGAACUAGAGCUACAUCUUGUCGCUUGCAGGUGUCUUUACAACUUCAUCGAGGUAAAUCAAGAUUUCAUCCACCAUGCUUUGAACAAUAAUGUAAUGGAGGCCCUAGUUCAAAGAGUAUCUGAAAUCACUUACAUUGACCUUACUGAGCAAGCUCUACAGACAUUAGAGGCCAUAUCGAGGGAACCCCGCGCUCAUCUGUUAAUCGUUGAGAGUAAUGGCUUGCAAGCUUGUUUACAAAACCUUGACUUUCUAACCAUACAUGCUCAAAGAAAGUGUCUCAUAAUAUUUGCAAAUGCUUGUACAAACAUCUCGACUGAACGCUUUUCUUUAGUCGAGGCAGCCUUUCCACUUUUAUUUCAAGUUGUUAAGAAUUACAAAGACUCAUUAGUUAUUGAGUAUGCAUGGCUCGCCAUCUCACGCAUAAUUUCCAGCUACAAGCAUGAGUCUGAAUAUAUUGAGAGGCUCUUUGAGAAUGAAGAACUUUUGAAGCAAAUGGUACUGAUAAUUACCAAAUCGUGCAAUUCCUCAACCACUGAAAAUGGAUUAAACCAAAGAUCAACUCUAUCAUUGAUGAAGUCCUUGAAUAUCCUUUCGAUUGUAUCCAUUCGGAUCUCCAAUAUUUUAUUGAACUUGGACAUUGGGUCUGAAAUAUGCCAUUCCUUGAAUAGAUACAAGAAGACUGAUGAAUCGAGCCAGAAAUUGAAGAAUUUGGAUUCGACAAUUUCUAGCAAAUCUUUCGAGAAUAUGGUCCCAAUUGAAGCUGUAAUAGCUGCUCCUAAAGAUUUCCUUUUCCAGUUUCUUCAAUUAAUUGACAGUAUUUUACCCAUUCCACCUUCAUUUGACUAUACACUGUUCCUUGAAAAGGUUCCAACCGAGAGCGCCUCGCUAUCCUAUGAUGAAAAGAUAAGUGUCUUUACAUUCGGAAAGUUUUGGGGCUUUGUGAAUACAAUUUGGCCAGUGCUCAUUCAUUCUUUUCAAGGAUCUAUGGACAUUGAUGUAAGAAGAAAGGUUUUGCUCGCUAUGUAUAAGAUCGUUUAUUUUGCUGAUGAAUCGGUUUUGACUCUGAUUGAGGGAUUCAAUUUGUUAUCUGGGAUAGUCGUAUCUGUCAUAGCCUCGGAGAGGAAAUUAGUCGAUGCUCAGUAUCUGUCGAAAGGAAAUGAUGGUGUCAAUGUUUUAAAGCAAAACCUGAUGGUCUUCAGUGUCUUUCUUAUUUUAAAAACUAUGAUGGAAAAAUCAAGCAUUGGAUUCUUAAGAUUAUUAGAAAAGGAUGGACUCUUUGAAGAUCUUUUUGCGAUAUUAGAUGGUCUUCUGCAAUCCUACGAACAUGAUCAAGAAAAGGAUACGUCAAAGAAUCCUGAUGACCAAAUCAGUAGUGAGGAUAUUCAUCCAAGAUCACACCGUGUUUCAUUUUCUAGCUCUAGCAGUGCACAUUAUUUCGCUAAUAGCACUGUUUCCUCUUUGCAAAAGAGCUACAAGAAUAUUGUUGAUGUCGGCGCCCAGCUAAAAGCACUUUAUGAUGACUUCAAAGAUAAGAAUGGUGUACUACAGGAGACAGGAAAUGAGAUUGCUAAUCUUAUCCGAAGGCUAUCUAGUGUAUCAGAUUCAAGUCUGAACGCUGAAUGGGACGAUAUCUGGUCUACUUUGAAGAACAUGUUGGACUCGAACAAAAAUGGCGUAUCAAGUUUCGAACUUACGAGUCUGGGAAUUUUAGACAUCCUAAUCAAUUUAUUAGGGGAAAAUGGGUCUUCAGUUUCGACAUCCCCUUGUAAAUCGUCUUUCGUGAAGAUUUUCUAUACCAACAAUGAGUCAAUAUCACGAUUCGUCAGUUUACUUGAAGACUCGAUUUCCAGAAGAGAGACAUUUGAUGUUUAUACAAGUGGUGGAAGCAUAGGCGGUGACUCUUGGAAUAACACUGCAUCUAUGGCAAAGCAAAUUAAACUUCGUCUUGUUCCCAAAGUAAUUGAUGAUAGUUUGCACAACCAAAGGAUGCAGCAAAUGAACAUUUCCGUUCACUCAGUUGCUACAUUCAGGACCAUAGAAGAGUUUUUAGAGCAGAGAUUUGAUCUUGCUAAGAAACUUGAUGAACAGGACCUGCCUGUGAAGCCCCCUCUUGGUUCGUCUGAUGCGGAGAUGGUUGAAAACAAUGAGAAUCAUUCUACUCGUCGUAUUCAUUUCUUCCUCAACUGCGAAGCAAUUCCGUACGAAACUACUGUGUUCGGUGCAGUCUUUAAGGGAAUUCAAAACGAGAAGAAAGUGGGAAAGGUGGACCCGUAUGAUGUUUGGAGUAAGCAGCAUACAAUCUUUUACGGGUAUACGGACUCUGAAACACAUAAAGAAGAAAAUGAGCCAUUUUAUGAAGAGCGUGAUUCCGAAUUUUGUGACAAAGCAACAAAUUCUGUGUUUCUACUUUUGAAAGUGUUAUUUGAAUUAAAUAAUGAAGUCAAGAGGUUGCAUGAAUAUACCUCUCUUCCACCUGAAAAGUUUAGAAACUGGAAGUUGACGGUGAAGUUGAACCGCCAGUUAGAGGAAUUGUUGAUUGUUGCAAGUGGAACAUUGCCGAAUUGGUGUAUGCGUCUCACCAAAGACUUUCCAUUCAUUCUUCCGCUUGAGAGCAAAAUUUUAUUUCUUCAAAGCACUUCUUUCGGUUACUCGCGUCUUAUCCAUAAUUGGCAACUCAGAAGCGCACGGGAAAGCUCUGAUGAUUCUUCCCGGCGUUCGGCCGAAGGUAUCAGCCUCAUUGGAGCACAAGUUGGAAGACCAUCAAGGAUUAAAGCAAGGAUCUCUAGGGAGCAGUUUUUUCCUAGUGCCAUGAAAGUUUUGCUGGUUUAUGGAACUUCGCCUGAGGUUCUUGAAAUUGAAUACUUCAACGAGGUUGGUUCUGGCCUAGGGCCCACUUUGGAAUUCUAUUCUACCACUUCACGUGAGUUUUGCAGGAAAGAGCUUCAUAUGUGGAGAGAUGAUCCGUUCAUUUCAGAUAAUGACACUAAUGGAAACCCUUAUGUGUUUAACUCUAGUGGGUUGUUUCCUGCUCCAUUAGAUCCUCGGAAAAUUGGUACAGAAAACGGGCGAAAAAUUCUUUUCUUGUUUUCACAAUUGGGAAAAUUUGUUGCAAGAGCUUUGCUUGAUUCUCGUAUUGUGGACUUUGAGUUCAACCCUCUCUUUCUUUGCAUGGUUCGGAAUUCAGAGAUGUUUGAAGGAGACUUGAACGACAGUGAGAGGAAAUACCCCGAUAAACUUUCAUCUGCUUUGGAACUUGUUGAUCCCAAACUCGCCAAGUCCUUAGAACAAUUGAAAUCUCUUCUGUCACGGGUCGAACUGAAAGGAAAUCAUUAUGAUCAGAUUGAGGAACUAUCUCUUUGCUUUGUUUUGCCAGGCUAUUCAAAUUAUGAACUUAUUCCUAACGGAGCUAAUAUUUCCGUGACAUCUGAAAACAUUGAUCAGUACAUUGAAAAGGUUAUUGAUGCUUCUGUUUUUAGUGGUGUCUUUGAGCAAAUGAAAUCGUUCGUGAAGGGCUUCUCUGAGGUUUUUCCUAUCAGUGCCCUCUCUAUUUUCACAACCGAUGAAUUAAAUGAAGUCUUCGGUAGCUCCCAUGAAGAUUGGUCAAGAGACGCGCUCUCUGAAGCAAUUAAACCUAACCAUGGUUACAACCACGAUUCUAUUGCGAUCGAGAGACUUAUAAACGUGUUGGUAAACUUUUCGGGCAAAGAGCGUCGCAAAUUCUUGCAAUUUUUGACAGGAUCUCCCAAGCUCCCAAUAGGAGGAUUUAAAGCUAUGCGUCCUGAAUUUACCGUGGUACGCAAGUAUGCGGAAGACAAUUUUAUCAGCGAUGAUUAUUUACCGUCAGUUAUGACUUGUGCCAACUAUUUAAAACUUCCUGAUUAUUCACUGGAGGAAAUCAUGCACCAGAAACUAAUUGAUGCAAUCACAGAGGGCGCAAAUGCUUUCCAUCUAUCAUAA